GGAUGAAGCAACGAGCCACUAUAAAUGCCGUUAGUGGCCAACAAGGGGUACAGUUCACAGCUUCUAGCAUCCCUGUGCACAUUACAACUACCAAACCAACAAAAUGGUGUUCAAGGUCGUGAUUUUCUCAUGCCUCGUGGCUCUGGCUUAUGGAAGCGUGGCUCCAGUCGCCUAUACCGCACCAGUGGUAGCAGCAAAACUUGAAGAGUUCGACUCCUUUCCACAAUACCGAUUUGGAUACAAUGUAGCCGACUCUCUCACCGGUGACUACAAGAGCCAACAAGAACAACGCGAUGGCGACUUAGUUCAGGGAUCAUACUCUCUCGUUGAACCUGACGGCACUCGUCGUGUGGUCGACUAUUCUGCGGAUUCAGUCAAUGGAUUCAACGCUGUGGUCCGCAAGGAACCUUUGGUUGCGGCAGCACCCGCUGUUGUCGCUGAGCCUGCUGUGGUUCCCGCCCGCAUAUCCGCCGCUCCGGCUGUAGCUGUAGCGGAACCCGUUGUAGCUGCUAAGGUUGCCGCUCCCGUCGUCGCUCCAGUGGCCCGCUAUGCCGUCGCACCUGCCACGUACUACAGCAACGCUGCCGUAGCUGCGGCUAGAUAUUCAGCUGCCCCAGUGGCUGCUCCAGUUGUGGCUAGAUACGCCGCCGCUCCGGUUGCCGCCGCCCCAGUUGCCGCUCCAGUAUUUGCGAGAUACGCCGCAGCUCCUUACGCUGCGUACACCGCCCCGUUAGCUGCCGCCCCCGUGGCUGCUCCUGUAUAUUCCGCCCGAUACGCCGCCCCAGUCGCUGCCGCAUACAGCUACCCCGCUGCAUACACAGCGAUUGCCGCACCUGCCCAAUACGCCGUACCCGCCUACUCAGCCGUUGCCGCGCCAGCUCGCCUCGCUGUUGCCCCAGCGCCGGCCGUAGCUGCCGCUCCCGCGAAAAUCGUUGAGACCGCCGCUGCUGGCUACCGAUACCCUUAAUUUUAAUAAUAAUUGGAUGGCUCAAUAUCAAAGACUUGCUAUGUAUAUAGUUAAAUAAAUGUUUUUAUACGGUA